UUUCAGCUCCGUAGUUAGCUCAAGCGUGCAUUUCCGAAUUGGGGAAGAACAAAACAGUAAUCGGAAUUUCGUCCUUGGAAACCCUAGCCUUGAAUAGUGCUUCGGAGUUCAUAUUCCGAAGCUUUUUUCUCGCAUUAGAUUUGAUUUUGUAGGUUUUUCCUAUUACGUGUUCAGCUUCGAGUAGGGAAAACUCAAUAUAGCUUGGAUUUGAUGUUAAAGUUGGUAUUUUUAGACGAUUUAGCUGGUGGUUGUCUCUUCAAUUUUCGCCUUUUGCAUUUGAAGAAAAUGAGUUAUAAAAUGAGGGUCAGAAUAGUAUGACUCUGCCUUACCCAUUUGGGGUCCACAAAUUGGGUCUUAUGUUUGGGGUAUAUAAUUUUUGGGGCCUUAGGGUUUCAGUACAUAUGCUUUAGCAGUUGAAGGCAGUUCAAUAAUGCGUAAUUUUAAUGCCUAAGUUUAGAUAUCACAGCUGCUUGUAGUGGUUUGACGAUAAGGGAAGUAUGCCGGUUAUAGUUGGGGGAAAUGCAAAAAUAUCAUGCUGGCAGCUGCACUAAUGCAGUUAAUAACAGUGCGAUUGGUGGGCCAUCCGCUAGGGACAUUGGAAGAACUGAUUCAUCUUCCUUCCCAGCUAACUUUUCUGUAAGUUCAAGGCGACAACCCCCGUUAAACUCAUACAAGUUGAAGUGUGAUAAAGAACGUCUGAACUCUAGGCUUGGGCCCCCAGACUAUCACCCCCAAACACCAAACUGCCCCGAGGAGACUCUGACCAGAGAAUAUUUGCAAUCUGGAUAUAGGGACACGGUUGAGGGGCUUGAGGAAGCUAGAGAAAUCUUGUUGACCCAGGUUCCAAAUUUUAACAAGACAAUUGUCCUUAAUUGCAAAGAGGCUAUUAGAAAACGUCUGAGGGCCAUCAAUGAAUCACGUGUUCGGAAGCGGAAGGUUGGUCAAGUCUAUGGAGUGGCUCUUUCAGGAUCACAACUCGCUAAGCCUGCUGUUUUCCCUGAGCAAAAGCCAUGCCCUGAAGACUUCCGGAAGAAAUGGAUUGAGGGCUUAUCUCAACAGCACAAGCGGUUACGUUCGUUGGCUGAUCUUGUUCCUAAUUAUAGUAAGAAAUCACUUUUAGAGGUUCUCAUUACGAAUAAUGUUCCGUUGCUGAGGGCUACCUGGUUUAUAAAGGUUACUUACCUCAAUCUGGUUCGGCCUGAUUCUGCUGACAAAACCCAGUCUUCUUGUUCUGAGCUUUGGACCAAAGAUGUUAUUGAAUACUUGCAAACUCUGCUGGAUGAUUUUUUCUCAAAAAAUACUUCUCAUUCUACUCCUCAUAGUCGAGAUCGAUCACCCCAAAUGCCUUACACAGCCUCACUUCAGCACGGAAGUGACCAAUUAUUAUAUGUUUCUGAUGGUGAACAACCAUCUUCACAUUUUAGAUGGUGGUAUAUUGUACGGCUUCUUCAAUGGCAUCAUGCUGAAGGGCUGCUUCUUCCUUCUCUUGUCAUUGACUGGGUUUUGCAUCAACUACAGGAAAAACAAUUGCUUGAGAUUUGGCAGCUGCUAUUGCCUAUUGUAUAUGGCUUUUUAGAAAUUGUAAUUCUAUCUCAAACAUAUGUACGUACUCUUGCUGGAGUAGCUCUUCAUAUUAUUCGCUAUCCUGCUCCAGGUGGAUCGGAUCUAGUAGAUAAUUCCCGGAGGGCUUAUACAAUUUCUGCUCUGAUUGAAAUGCUGCGUUAUUUAAUACUUGCGGCUCCAGAGAUUUUUGUUGCUUUGGAUUGCUUUCCUUUACCAUCGUCUGUAGUUUCACAUACAAUAAAUGAUGGGAAUUUUGUACUAAAACUAAAUGAAGCUGCCGGAAAGAUAAAAAAUAGUUCAGAAGAUGUGUGCAUAUUUAGAAGUAAAGGACUUGAUGCACAACACCAAUCAUUGGCAUUUGAUCAUGUUAUUUCAUGCAUUCAGAAACAUGCAGAAGAUCUCACAAAGGCUGCAAGCCCAGGCUAUCCAGGUCCCUGUUUGGCUAAAGCUGCACUAGCCUUGGAUAAAUCCCUUGUGCUAGGUGAUAUACGUGGAGCAUACAAAUUUCUUUUUGAGGAUCUUUGUGAUGGAACUGUAUCUGAAGGUUGGGUUGCAAAAGUCUGCUCUUGCUUGAGGUUAUCGCUCAAGUGGCUUUUGACUGUAAAUACAUCACUUAUUUAUUCAGUGUUCUUCCUUUGUGAGUGGGCAACAUGUGAUUUCAGGGAUUUUCGGACUGCUCCUCUUUGUGACAUAAAGUUCACAGGUAGGAAAGAUCUUUCUCAUGUGCAUAUAGCUGUUAGACUUUUAAAAAUGAAGCUGAGGGAUAUGCAGAUUUCACCAAGACAAAAGAAUGGAAGCAUCCAUAGAGUCAGUUAUUUUGCAAAAUGUUCAAGUCAGCAGAGUAAUCGGAACUUUGUGAACAAUGCAUCCAAAAUAAAAUCCAGUUCAAAAAAUGUGGAUCGGAGUAUCUGUCCUUCAGUUAUAUUUGAAAGCCCUGGUCCUCUACAUGAUAUUAUAGUUUGUUGGAUUGAUCAGCAUGUGGUGCAUAAAGGGGAAGGUCUCAAACGCCUAAAUCUAUUUAUAGUGGAACUCAUACAUGCAGGUAUCUUUUACCCCUUGGCAUAUGUACGCCAACUGAUAGGGAGUGGGAUCAUGGAUGUGAAUGUAAAUGUGGACUUGGAGAGACAGAAGAGACAUUGUCGAAUCUUGAAACAGCUUUCCGGGAACUUCGUGCAUGAUGCUCUGGAAGAAUCAGGGAUUAUAGAAGGGCCACAUCUUAUUGAAGCCUUGCAAGUUUACUUGAAUGAACGCCGUCACAUACUUCGUGGUUCUAUGAAUGAGAACCAUCGCAAUGCCAUUAGUGCUAGUAUAUCUUCUCUCAAGCAAAAACAUUGUACAUCUUCAACAAAAGAUGGAGCUUCUACAGUGUCAAUUGAUCAGUGGAAAACUGUUCUUUCUAGUAAAAUAUCUUCUAAAAAUGCAAAGGAUGUCACUGGUGCUCAAGAGCUGAAGGCAGUUAUCUCAGUACUGUUACAGCUGCCAAACAAUUUAUCUAAUUUGAGCACUACAGCCACUACUGGAAUGGAUGAAUCUCAAGGCAGUGCCAGAAGACCUAUUGGGUCUCACAGCAAGAUUGAUCUUGUGGAGGCUACACCUGGGUGUGAAGAAUGUAAAAGAGCAAAGAGACAAAAAUUGAGCGAGGAAAGAAGUUCAUUUGUUCAAGUUCAUUCUUCAGUUCUAUCUGAUGAUGAAGAUACAUGGUGGGUGAAGAAGGGGCUAAAAUCCUCAGAGCCUCUCAAAGUUGAUCAACCAGUUAAGUCAACCAAGCAGGUUACUAAGAGUCGUCAGAAGUCUGUGCGUAAAACCCAGAGUCUUGCUCAACUGGCAGCUUCUAGAAUUGAAGGUAGCCAAGGGGCAUCAACAAGUCAUGUGUGUGAUAAUAAGGUAAGCUGCCCUCACCAUAGAAAUGCUAUGGAUGGAGAUACAGCGAGGUCUGUUUGUGGAAAUCAAACAAGUCAUUGUGAGGAUAUCAUUUCAACUGGAAAAGCGCUAAAAAGGCUUCGCUUUGUUGAGAAAAAGGAAAUAACAGUUUGGCUGAUGACUGUAGUUAGGGAGCUUAUUGAAGAGACUGAAAAAAAUGUUGGUAAAGUUGGCCAGUUUGGCAGGCCUCUUGCUACCAUGGAUGAUAGAAGCUCAUUACGAUGGAAACUUGGUGAGGAUGAACUUUCUGAUUUACUUUAUCUGAUGGACAUCUCAGAUGAUUUAGUAUCAGCUGUCAAAUUCCUCCUUUGGUUGCUGCCAAAGGUCUACGCUAGCCCCAGUUCUACAAUUCAUAGUGGAAGGAAUGCUCUGAUGCCAAGGAAUGUGGAGAGCCAAGUUUGUGAUGUUGGGGAGGCUUUUCUGCUAGCAUCGCUGAUGAGGUAUGAGAACAUUCUUGCGGCAGCAGAUCUUAUUCCUGUAGCUCUGUCAUCUGUAAUGCAUCGUGCUGCCACAAUUAUAGCAUCAAAUGGAAGGGUUUCAUGUUCGGGAGCCUUAGCUUUUGCUCGUUAUUUAUUGAAAAAGUAUAGCAAUGUAGUCAGUGUCAUUGGAUGGGAGAAAAAAUUUAAGACUUUGUGUGAUAAGAGACUUGCUUCCGAACUUGAGUCUGGACGGUCAGUUGAUGGAGAGUUAGGGCUUCCCCUUGGCAUUCCCGCGGGAAUUGAGGGCCCUGAUGAAUUCUUCCAUCAAAAGAUAAGUGGUGUCCGGUUACCAUCCAGAUUAGGUUCAGGCAUGAGAGAUGUAGUACAACGUAAUGUGGAAGGUGCGUUUCACUAUCUUUUUGGAAAAGAAAAAAAGCUCUUUGCUACUGGUACACCAAAAGGUCUUGCUUUAGAAAAAUGGGAUAAUGGAUAUCGAAUUGCUCAACAAAUAGUUAUGGGUCUGAUAGAUUACAUAAGGCAGACAGGUGGUGCUGCUCAAGAAGGGGAUCCCUCUUUGGUCACUUCUGCUGUUUCUGCCAUUGUUGGCAGUGUUGGUCCAACUUUAGCAAAAUUGCCUGAUUUUUCAGCUGGCAAUAAUCAUGCAAGUAUGUCAUUGGCAACAAGUUCAUUGAACUAUGCUAAAUGCAUUCUGCGAAUGCAUAUAACUAGUUUGUGCCUGCUCAAGGAAGCCUUGGGAGAACGUCAAAGCCGUGUAUUUGAGAUUGCUCUUGCAACAGAAGCUUCUACUGCCCUUGCUGGAGCUUUUGCUCCAAGUAAAGCAUCUCGAACUCAGUUUUCACCUGAAAUCCAAGAUACUAGUACCACUAUUUCAAAUAAUGCUGUAAACAGCUCCAGUAAAGUUGUUGUCGCGAGAACAAUGAAAAUUGCUGCUGCUGUUUCUGCACUUGUUGUUGGUGCAAUUAUAUAUGGUGUUACCAGCCUAGAAAGAAUGAUAACCGUUCUCAGAUUAAAUGAGGGCUUGGAUGUCUUGCAAUUUGUAAGAAGCACAAGAUCCCAUUCAAAUGGAAAUGCACGUUCAACCGGGGCUUUUAAGGGGGAUAGUUCAGUUGAAGUUCAUGUCCAUUGGUUUAGAUUGCUUGUUGGAAACUGCAGAACCAUCUGUGAAGGCUUAGUGGUGGAUCUCUUGGGUGAACCUUUUAUUGUAGCUCUUUCACGGAUGCAGCGCAUGCUUCCUCUAAGUUUGGUCUUUCCUCCUGCCUAUUCAAUAUUUGCCUUUGUCAUGUGGCGGCCCUUCAUUGUGAAUGCAAAUGUAGCAGUCCGUGAAGACAUGAAUCAACUUCAUCAGUCUCUAACCAUGGCAGUAAGUGAUGCAAUAAAACAUUUGCCUUUUCGUGAUGUAUGCUUAAGAGAGUCUCAGGGUCUUUAUGAUCUUAUGGCUGCAGAUAGGAAUGAUGCAGAGUUUGCAACCUUGCUAGAGUUGAAUGGCUCUGAUAUGCAUUUGAAAUCCACAGCAUUUGUUCCCCUUCGUGCUAGACUUUUUCUAAAUGCUAUGAUUGAUUGUAAGAUGCCACAAUCUGUUUAUACAAAGGAUGAUGGAAUCCGGAUUUCUGGACAUGGUGAAUCUAAAGUUCAUUUUACAAAUAGUGAAUCUAAGCUUCAGGAUAAGAUUGUAGAUGUUUUAGAUGCCCUGCAACCUGCCAAAUUUCACUGGCAAUGGGUUGAACUCAGGCUGCUUUUAAAUGAACAAGCACUCAUUGAAAAACUUGAGACACAUGAUAUGUCCUUAGCUGAUGCUUUACAGUUUUCUUCACCUAAUUCAGAGAAGGUUGCUGCCUCUGAGAAUAAGAACAAUUUUAUUCAAAUAAUUCUUACAAGGUUAUUGGUUAGACCUGAUGCUGCAUCCCUUUUCUCGGAGUUGGUUCAUCUUUUUGGGAAGUCACUAGAAGAGUCAAUGUUGUUCCAGGCUAAAUGGUUCCUUGGAGGUCAAGAUGUCCUCUUUGGUCGGAAGACCAUUAGGCAACGACUAAUUAACAUUGCGGAGGGCAAAGGAUUUUCUGUUAAGACCCAGUUUUCGGAGCCCUGGGGUUGGUGUAGCCCAUGUACUGAUCCUGUAACUAUCAAGGGGGAUAGAAGGAAAGUGGAUUCUGUGUCUCUUGAAGAAGGGGAAGUUGUUGAAGAGGGAGUGGAUGUGAAAAGGUCCAUAAAAGGAUUCUCUCAAGUGUUUGACUCUAAAAGCUCAAGCAGUAAGCAGCAGCAUGAGACUGAGAGGGCUUUCCUCGAGUUAAUACUUCCUUGCAUAGAUCAAAGCUCUGAUGAAUCUCGUAAUUCCUUUGCGAGUGAUUUGAUCAAACAACUAGGUUAUAUUGAGCAUCAAAUAUCUGCAGUUACUCGUGGGCCUAGUAAGCCAGCGGCAAGUACUGCUCCUGUAAUUGAAGGUCGGACAAAUAAAGUAAAUAGCCGCAAAACUAUAAGAGGCGGCGGCCCUGGAUUAGCCAGAAGACCAACAGCUGCAACAGAUUCUUCUCCACCUUCUCCUGCAGCUUUACGGGCCUCAAUGUCAUUACGUCUGCAGUUACUCAUGAGAUUUCUUCCUAUUCUUUGCACAGACGGGGAUCCCUCUGUGCGGAACAUGAGACACACACUUACCACUGUAAUUCUUCGUCUUCUUGGUAGCCGGGUUGUGCAUGAGGAUGCAGACAUUUCGGUGAAUGCUAUGCACUGUUCUCUGCUGAGGAGGGAGGUGGAGUCUCCUUCUGAAGCUGCUUUUGUGAAUUCUUCUGUUGAGGGCCUGUUCGAUCGUUUGUUGUUGAUUUUGCAUGGAUUGUUGAGUAGUUGUCCUCCAAGCUGGCUUAGGUUGAAACCGGUUUCAAAGACGACUAAUGAACCUACUAGGGAAUUUUCUGGAUUUGAUCGAGAUUUAUUGGAGACUUUGCAGAAUCACUUAGAUUCUAUGCAACUGCCUGACACCAUCCGGUUCCGAAUCCAAGCUGCAAUGCCUGUACUACUUCCCUCUGUGCGGUGCUCUUUCUCCUGUCAGCCACCAUCUGUUCCAAUCUCUUCUGUUGUAUCUUUUCAUCCCAGCAUUACAAAUUCUGGGUUUAACUCCAGCAGUUCGAGUGUCUCUCAGAGAAACACGGUUCCAUUAUCAAGAACUGCACCAUCAGGGAAGUCAAAACAACAGGACAAUGACUUGGAAGUUGACCCUUGGAUGCUUUUAGAAGAUGGUGCUGGUUCCUGCCCUUCUGCAAGUAAUGCUGCUAUCAUAGGAAGUGGUGACCGUGUUAAUAUUCAGGCCGCCAGCUGGCUUAAAGGGGCUGUAAGGGUAAGACGGACAGACCUUACAUAUGUUGGUGCUGUGGAUGAUGAUAGUUGAUUAACAAGAUUUUUGAUUGGUUUUGGAGUAAGCAAAACCCUCAGCAUGUGUAUUUGGUCUUUCAUUAUCUGUUAUUGAUGCAUGACUAGCAUGAAGAUGCCAUUUUGUGCUUGCCCUUCUUGUGUUGAAGGGAAGUUGAGGGGACAUCAGUUUGAGAAACAUUUGAAGGGAUGGGUUCUUGGUUGAAGAGAAGCAAAGGUGAAAUUGUUCUCACAAGCCCAUUCUUUGAAAAUUUCUCCAGUGCUACGGAUGCACUGAAAUACACUGAAUUUUCAGUGCAUCCUCCACUCAGAAUGUGACACUUGUUUUACUUUUGUCAAAUCAUUAAUAAAUAAUUUAUUUUAAAAUCAGGUGAGAGAGUGAUUUGAUAAAAAGUAAGACACGUGUCACUGAGUGAAAGAUGUACUGAAAACUCAGUACAUCCGUAGCAUUGAAGAUAUUCUCCCAUUCUGUUGGUUCUGGCCUGGUUGACUACUAACUUGUUGAUCACUCCCCCCCUCUGAAAUUGUGCACUUCAGGCACAGUUCAGAGGUUUGUUGUACAUAUAGGGACAUUGUUUCACUUUACCAUUUUAUUUUGAGUAAUAUGUCUCAAGUGAUCUGUAGUUGUUUCCUUCUCAUUCAUGUCUUAAUGUGCACUCUUGUGUGAGCUGUGUCUGUAUCUUUUGGGGCCACAAGCACACCCAAGGGCACGCAACCAAUUUUUCUUAUAUAUUUAGAUUAUCAAAAUUAUCUGUGCUUUCAUCUGUAGCAUCAGCAUGAAAUGCAGCAUUCAAUUAUUUACUUACAAGACUAGAGAUUUUUUUUUAAAUUAUCAUAUUUUAGCUUAAAUACACACUAGUAGCUGUACCAUAUAAACAGAUCUUUGUCAUCAUUUGUUAUGAUUUUUUGUGGAUGACUAUGGUUGUGGGUUGACUUAGUUUACAGAACA